AUGUUCGUCGCGGAAGGAACGCGGGGCGCCCAAAUAAUCGAACACGCGUUAACAGUUGUAAAUUUAGAAUUGCCCUUGCAAAGAAUCCCGUCGAAAAUCAUACGGCGCGUGCAAGAACAGGAAGGUCUUGAUCUAGAGACUCAUCGGAAUGCUCAACCAAAAAUUCUGCUAGGGCAAGACAACUGGCGGCUAAUAGAAAGCAGCGAAUCACGACGCGUCAACGGCACGGGCCUCGUACUAUCAAACUCGCCGUUGGGAUGGGCAAUACACGGGUAUUUAGAAGACGAUCAAAGAAAAACGCGUAGCUUUUUUGUCCAUGCAGUCCACUGCACUGACGGGGGCCCCGAUAGUGAUCCUCGGCUGGUCCUAGUAGAAUUGGAUACAUUGGUGCGAGGUUAUUUCGACUUAGAUAAUUUAGGAGUAGCGGCGCCAAAGGGAAGUGAACGGGGGGAGGACCGCGCAAUGAAAAUUCUAAAGGAAACGACGAGAAGGGUGGGAAAAGUAUGGGAAACGGGCCUUUUAUGGAAAAGCGACAGAUUGCCAAAUUUGAAUACUCGGGCAACAGCGAUGAAAAGACUGCGCGCAACAGAGAAAAAAUUAGAUAGAGAUCCGUUAUUCGCGUCGUUAUAUUACAAGGAAAUGAAUAGGUUAAUAGAGAACGGAUAUGCCACAAAAACAAAGGUAAAUGCCAAAAACCCCCGAGAACGCUACGUGUCUCAUUUCGGCGUGCAGAACGUGAAUAAACCCGGAAAGGUUCGCUUGGUUUUUGACACGGCAGAAAAAACCGAUGGAAUAAGCAUGAAUAAUUUGCUUGACACGGGGCCGGACUUACUCGAGUCUCUUCUCGGCGUACUACUGCGAUUUCGGCAACAUCCCUUUGCGGUAAAAGCGGACAUACAGGAUAUGUACUUGAGAGUGAAGGUCAUCGAGAAAGAUCGCGCGUCGCAAUUAUUCUUGUACCGCGAAGAUGAUAGGCAGCGAGAGCCCGACGUUUAUGCCAUGACGUGCCUGAUUUUCGGAUCAAAGUCAUCGCCAUGCAGCGCGUUAUACGUGAAAAAUUGCAAUGCCGAGAGAUACGCAGAAACGACACCUGUAGCUGCGCGAAGCAUCAUUAAGAAUAGCUAUAUGGACGACUAUUUAGUUAGUGGGGGGAGCAUUGAGGAAAUGCAAAAGCUGGUUAGAGACGUCAAGCAAAUCAACAGCGAAGCCAAUUUCGUCUUGCACAGAUGGGCCUCAAACGACGAACGCAUUGUCAAAUUCGUGAACAAAGACGAAAAACUAGGCCGCGAGACGAAAGCGAGCUUAUGUAACGUAGAAGAACGUGUGCUCGGGUUAUACUGGGAUUGCGAAAAUGAUAAAUUAAGCUUCAAUAUAGGGAUAAAUAAGAUCGAUGAUAACGUGUUGCUAGGAAACUUGAAACCAACAAAACGCGAAUUUUGCAGCAUAAUAAUGUCGGUGUACGAUCCGCUUGGUCUCUUAUCUCCAUUUCUUCUCUGCGCAAAGGCGAUUAUGCAAGAUGUCUGGCGUAGCGGGGUAGGAUGGGACGCGAGAAUACGCGAAGAAGAGUUUAUUGCGUGGAAGCAGUGGUUGACAAAUCUUGUAGCGAUCAAAGACUGUAGCAUACCGCGAUGCUUCAUAUCUAUCGGGACCGAUUAUUUCCGCACGCAGUUACACGUAUUCUGCGACGCGAGCUUACAGGCGUACGCCGCUGCCGCGUACCUCCGAACCGAGUCUCACGACGGUAAAGUCGAUGUAUCGCUCGUGAUGGCGAAAACAAGAGUCGCACCAGUCAAACCGACAACAAUUCCGCGUUUAGAGUUGCAAGCGGCAGUUCUCGGAGCGCGGAUAGCCUCGACUGUCUCUGAAGAACUAGACAUCAAAAUAUCGGAGAAGAUCUUUUGGUCGGACUCAACGACAGUUUUGCAGUGGAUUCGCGCGGGCCCACGGCUGAAGCAAACAUUCGUGCGAAAUCGUUUAGGAGAAAUAGGGGACAAGACGCAGAUUUCAGAGUGGCGCUGGGUACCGACGCGAGCUAACCCAGCAGACGACGCGACCCGUCCAUCAAAAGAGCCCAUGCGACCGACUGAUCGGUGGUUCGUCGGGCCCGAGUUUCUACACGGAGCGUCGCAAACGUGGCCAAAGGAAAAAUCGUUGCUAGGUACUGAGAUACUAAAAAUAAACGCAUUAGAGUCACGACAGGAGUUCGUCGGGAUGAUGACCACAAAUAUCGCGAGCGCACCGAUAACGGCACAACUCUUCGGCUGGCACGGAUUGUUAAUUGUAGGGUCGCGCAUCCAGAAGUACGCUCAUCGUUGGAUCGACCGCGCGUUGGGUAAGAGAGAGCAAAUGUCGCUCAGCGGCCCCAGAGAGACGAUGAGCUUACAGGAAGUUAGAUAUAAAGCCGCGCAUUUCUGGUAUCGAGAGAUACAGUCGGAUUGCUUUCCCGAAGAAAUUGACGCGUUGCAACGCGGCACAGCGGUGCGCAAAGGGCGAAGAUUAGUUAGCCUAAAACCGUUUUUCGACAAACUCAAAAUCUUGCGAGCUGAAGGCCGCGUGAAAACAAUAGGGGAGCAGUCCAUCGCCUAUAACCCCAUCAUUCUCGACGCGCGUCAUUUCGCCACGAAAUGCCUAAUAGGGGCGUAUCAUAAACGAUUCCUGCACGCGAAUAACGAGUCCGUCGUAAACGAGCUGAGACAAGAGUUUUAUAUUAUUGGACUCAGGAGAAGGUUGCGUUCCCUAGCUAAAAGCUGCAUAAUCUGUCGUAUGCGUCGCACGAAGCCCAACAGCCCUCCCAUGGCCGACUUACCUCGGUGUCGCGUGGCCCACAAUCAACGAUCGUUUUCUCAUUGCGGGGUGGACUAUUUCGGCCCAAUGCUUGUUAAAAUAGGGAGACGUCGAGAAAAACGGUGGGGAGUUUUAUUUACCUGUAUGACUACUAGGGCGAUUCACCUCGAACUAGCGAAUAGUUUGAGUGCAAGCUCAGCUAUAAUGGCUAUACAACGUUUUGCUUGUCGGAGGGGAUUUCCGCGCGCGAUGUACAGCGACAACGGCACUAACUUCGCCAAGGCUAGCAAAGAAUUACGGGACGCGGUGUUAGGCCUAGACAAUGACAAACUCAGACAGUACAGCGAUACUAAGGGCUUCGAGUGGCACUUUAACCCUCCCGAGGCGCCACACAUGGGGGGAGCCUGGGAGCGACAAGUUCGUUCCGUAAAGAUAGCGCUGAAUCACGCGCUCAAAGAUCAGGCCCCGUUCGAAGAAAUUUUGAUAACGCUUCUCGCCGAAAUCGAACACAUGGUCAACUCGCGUCCGCUCACUCAUGUUUCCGUGGACCCACGCGAUGAAGAAGCGCUAACGCCCAAUCACUUUCUGAUAGGCACGUCGUCCGGGCACUUGCGGCUAGAAAGAUACGAAAGCAAAAUUUUAAACCCGCGUAAAACAUUCGAGAUAGCGCAACAACUCGCUCAAGCCUUUUGGAAGAAGUGGCUACGAGAAUAUCUCCCUACGCUUCUACCGCGAAAGAAGUGGCACUCUCCCGAGCCGCAGUUAAAAGUUGGAGACAUCGUUCUCAUAUUAGAUUAUCAGGCCUCGCGCAACUCGUGGAGAAAAGGCAAAAUCAUCGAAAUUUAUCCGAACGCAUCCGACGGAAUUGUUCGAGUUGCUAAAGUCCGAGCGGGGAAAAGCGAAUUAACAAGACCCGUCCAUAAACUCGUCAAAAUUUGCGACUCUCUAUAG